GAUACCGCGCGGAAGUUUUUUGAUCAUGUCAAAGCGCUGCACCGCGCAGUCUGAUCCACUCUCCUCCGCGCCGCGCCGCUGGAGACAGCGCUGCAUCUCCCGAGGACUUCACUGCCUGCUUUCUAAUAAAUAUUUUAUUGGGACACACAUAUAUAUAUAUAUAUAUAAAUAAAACUGAAGACCGACUCCUAAAAUAACCACAACUGAGAACCAGCCAAGAGCCUCCUAAAAACCAUGGACCUCUUGAACCUCACUGCCGACGCCCUACUGCAGCUCUCCGACUCCACACCCUGCCCCUUCCCGGACAACCUGACCUCCCGGAACUGCACGGAGGGGGCCCCCGGGGGCCCCAGCGUGAGCGGGGUCCUGCUCCCCCUCAUCUACUUGACGGUGUGCGUCGUCGGGCUGGGCGGGAACACGCUGGUCAUCCACGUGGUCCUCCGCUACUCCAGAACGGAGACCGUCACCAACAUCUACAUCCUGAACUUGGCCCUGGCCGACGAGCUCUUCAUGCUGGGCUUGCCCUUCCUGGCCGUGCAGAACGCCCUCUCCUACUGGCCCUUCGGCACCCACAUGUGUCGCCUGGUCAUGACCGUGGACGGGAUCAACCAGUUCACCAGCAUCUUCUGCCUGACCGUCAUGAGCAUUGACCGCUACCUGGCCGUGGUCCACCCCAUCCGGUCCUCCAAGUGGAGGAAGCCCCGGGUGGCCAAGGCGGUCAACGCCACGGUGUGGGCCGUCUCUUUUGUGGUGGUCCUGCCCGUGGUGGUCUUCGCGAACGUCCCCGCAGGCCUGGGGGUCUGCAACAUCGACUGGCCCCAGCCGGCGGACGUCUGGCGGGCCACUUUCAUCGUCUACACCUCCACUCUGGGCUUCUUCGGCCCCUUGCUGGUCAUCUGCCUGUGCUACCUGCUGAUCGUGGUGAAGGUGCGCAGUGCCGGGAAGAAGGUGGGCACAGCGGCCUCUUCCAAGCGCAAGAAGUCGGAGCGGAAAGUCACCAGGAUGGUGGUCACCGUGGUGGCUCUCUUCGUCCUCUGCUGGCUGCCCUUCUACGCCCUGAACAUCGUCAACCUGGUGGUCUCGCUGCCCGGGGAGCCCCGGGGGGUCUACUUCUGCGUGGUGGCGCUGUCGUACGCCAACAGCUGCGCCAACCCCUUCGUCUACGCCUUCCUGUCGGAGAACUUCAAGAGAGGCUUCCGCAGGGCCCUCUGCCGCCGUGCCUCCAGGAAGGUGGAGAGCCGGGAGGUGCGGAACGGGGAGCCCGGGAAGAGGGAGGAGGAGGAGGAGCGAGGGCAGGAAGGAGGAGAGGGGGGAGGAGGAGGAGGGGAAGAGGAAGAGGAGGAGGAGGAGGAAGCCACAGAGAUGACACAGAUCUGCGGGAUCGCCCAGAACGGGAACGGACGCAGGACGCUGCUGCUUCAAGGGACAGGUACCACCGGGGCGUCCCCCACGACGGACCCCAGCGGGAAGAGUUCAGGGGUCCCUGGGGCCGCGCGGCCCCCCUCGAACGCGCCGGCCCCCCUGAACGGGAUCGUGAAAGCCGCCGACGAGCCUCCAGCGGGAGAGAAGAGCGCCCUGCUGGAGAUCAGCUGUCUGUAACGCCUGGGUCUCCGGCGCAGCGGGGCCCGGCCUCCAGAACGAGACGGAGGGAGGGAGACGCAGGCUGGGGGUCCUGAACACAGCUUCAGAUUGUCUCCAGAGAUGAGAUGGAGGAGGAGAGAGGCGGCGCAGACAGACUGACUGAGAUACAGACUGACAGAGAGACGGACUGACAGAGAGACAGACAGACAGACACACAGAGAUACAGACACAUAGAGAGACAGACUGAGAUACAGACAGACACAGAGAUACAGAGAUAGACAGACAGACACAGACUGACAGACUGAGAUACAGACACAGAGAUGUAGACAGACUGACAGACAGACACACAGAGAUACAGACAGACAGACACAAACAGACAGACACACAGAUACAGACAGACUGACAGACAGAGAUACAGAGACAGACAGACAGACACACACACAGAGAUACAGACAGACAGACAGACAGACAAAGAUACAGACAGACAGACACAGAGAUACAGACAGACAGACAGACACACAGAGAUACAGACAGACAGAUACACGGAGAUACAGACAGACAGACACAGACAGACUGACAGACAGAGAUACAGAGACAGACAGACAGACACACAGAGAUACAGACAGACACAGAGAUACAGAGAUUGACAGACUGAGAUACAGGCACAGAGAUACAGACAGACUGACAGACAGACACACAGAGAUACAGACAGACUGACAGACAGAGAUACAGAGACAGACAGACAGACACACACACAGAGAUACAGACAGACAGACAAAGAUACAGACAGACAGACACAGAGAUACAGACAGACACACAGAGAUACAGACAGACAGAUACACGGAGAUACAGACUGACAGACAGACAGACACAGACAGACUGACAGACAGAGAUACAGAGACAGACAGACAGACACACAGAGAUACAGACAGACACACAGAGAGACAGACUGACAGACAGACAGAGAUUGUAUUAAUACUUGUACUGUGAUUCUUGAUAUGUAUGUUUUUGUAUAGCGCUGUAAUUUGCCCUGGAUAGGAGUGUCUGCUAAGAAAUAAAUAAUAAUAAUAAUACAGACAGACUGACAGAGAUACAGACAGACAGAGAGACAGGGGAGGAGGGAGGGAGGGAAAGAGACAGACAGACAGACAUACUUUCCCCUUCCUCUGCAGGGCUGGGUUCCAGUCCAUCUCUGUGUUUACUCUGAGCUCGAUAUGAACGCAGAUAUGAGGACAGAGCUCCUUAUUUCACUUUCGUGUCUAAACAAAUCAAUGCAACGCCUGCAUUCAAUGUAAUACAAUGUGAUAUAAAUACUGCGUAUGUAACACUGUAUACACACCAAGAAUCACCCUGCAAAAUGAACUGAUUCACCUGGCUAUGACCACGGCUCCCAGCAAAAUCAAAGAGAAUUGAUGUUUUAAAAACCUUGUUGUUUUUUUUCUUUGGUAACUUUCACCGCUGUACAUGAUGUAUCGUAAUAGAGGUCUGUAUCGCUUGUGAUACGAGACCGCAGCAUAAAGAACUACAGCUCCCAGCAUGCCUCACCAUUGCCGCAGAUGCAGAGGCAUGCUGGGAGCCGUAGUCCUAGCCAGCAAGGUCAUUCUGCAGGGUGCUGAUGCAAAACCUUUGACCACAGCUCUACAUUACUUUUUAAAGUUAUUAUUAAACCAGUUUAUUUAUUUUGCUAAAGGAGGUGCUGGCUUAGGAUUAGAAACUGAAGGACAUCCUUUAUCUGUUAUUUAAAUACAUAGGCUUGCUGGUCCCAGCGGUUAGAGAAAGGGGGUCUUGAUACCAGGAGGUUCAAAUCCCAGCUCAGCCACUGACUCCCUGUGUGUGUGUGUGUGUGCGCGUGUGUGUGUGACCCUGAGCGAGUCGCUUCACCUCCUUGUGCUCCGUCCUUCGGAUGAGACGUCAAACAAACGAGCUCCUAUUGGAAGUGACUCUGCAGCAGCAGCAGCAGUUGUUGAUGAUGCCCCCCUAGUUUCUGGAAGUUGCUUUGGGAGAAAAAGCCUCCUUCUGAACGACUCAUUAAUAACUAAUAACACGUGUUUCUUUCCAAACUGUACCUUUGGGAGCUGUGUGGAGCACGGAAACAAGCGAGGUUGAUGGAAUUAUGACUUUACAGAGAGGAUCACACAUGCAAAGCUGUGUGUGUUUCUUGCAGUGGUCAUUUCCCGUACUGUAGAUUUUUGUUCAAAGAGACUGGAUAUGAUGAUGGAAGGUGUUUCAAUUCCUUAUGUUGUUGUUAAUUUGUCGUUUGUACAGUUUCUGGUU